GUCCAAGUCCUGAGAUGGGCGACUCACGCAAAAGGCCGCUCGAUUCAGAUCCGGAAAAUGAACAAACUAAACGCUCACAUUUCAGUUCCGCAGCAUUUCCGCAAAACCAAUAAAACCACAAACAAUAAAACAACAUUUAAAUGUGAAAUAAAAGAAAACGAGAAACAAAACAAAAACAAGAAAAGCAAAAACUCUGUUGUGAUUACAAAAAUGACAAAGCAAAAGGCGAAUUUAUUCAAAUAAUAACGCAAUAACAAGUGACAAAACUCGAAGGCGAAUCCAUCAUCUAUCAUAAUCGUCGAUCACACAUCUCUAGCUGGAAUUUCCCAACACAGUCAGAAUUUGGACUGAACUGAGCUGAGCUGAACUGAGCCGAACCGAGCUGAAAGGAAAGAGAAGUGGACAGAGAGAGAGAGAGAGAGAAACAGAGGAAGAGAAAGAGAGAGAGAGAGACAGACUCCAUCCAUAGUUAAGAUCAACACGCUGAAUGUUUUUGAAUUGGAAUCGCGUAGAGUAGUUCUAAACUGAGCAGCAGCAGUCAAAUUGAUCAAAAAUUAAAAGAAAAAUACAUUAAAAAUCUAUAAACUAUAAAAAAGUAAAAACCAAAAAUUGAUUUUGAUAAUCUAAAAAAUUAAUAAAAAUAAAACCAAACAAAUUAUUCCGUCGCAUACGCAAAGCAAAAUUUAAGACUGAAUGACAACAUUUGAACAGCAUCGAAACGGCAAGUGACGAUCGCACGCUAUGGAAAGUAUUAUAAAUGUGGCAGCCCAGCAGAUAUUGCAGCAGAUGGGCGCCGAUCUAAGUGGAGCAAGAGCAAUGCAACAGCCACAGCAGCAACUGCCACAGCAGCAGCAGCAACAGCAACAGCAAGAGCUAGAGCUAGGGCUGGAGCUGGAGCUGAAGCUGAAGCUAGAGCUGGAGCAACAGCUGCAGCAGUAUGCAAGUAUGCAAUAUCAGCAGUCAACGCCCACGCAUAUGACGCAAUUGAAUUAUCAGCAGCAGCCACGACAACAUUCCAAGACAACAACAGCAACACAAGCAACAACAUCGCCAUCAUCAUUACAUUCGCUGACCAGCAGCAGCAGCGGCAGCAGCAGCAGCAGCUUCAGCAACUAUAGCAACUACAGCAACAGCCACAGCAAUAGUAAUAGCAAUAGCAAUAGUAACAUCUACGGCAACAACAUCAUUCACAACGCUGCAUACUCAUUAGCAGUCUUUAGCUAUAAGCAACAGCAGAAGCAACAGCAGCAGCUGUCACUGAAACAGGCACAAAGCAAUCCUAAUCUAAGCAAUACUCAACAUCAUUAUCACCAGAUGGAACUGCAGCAGCAUCAUCCAGCCAGUCACAAUGGCUCGCCCGAUAGCAGCGCAUCGCCAAUUGCUGCAGCGGGACAGCAGCAGCAGCAACAACAGCAUUUACAGCAACCGCAACAGCAGCAGCAGCAACUUAGUAAACAUGAGACAACGGGAGCUGCAACAGCAAAUGCAACUGCAACAGCAAGUGCAACAGCAACAGCAGCAGCAACUGCAACUGCAUCAGGAACGGCAGCAACAUCCAGCUAUAAGACUGCCUCCUGUUGGUGCUACGGUGAGUCAGUUUGUUCUGGAAUUGAGGUUGAAAUUGAAAAUAAUAACAAUAAUCAUAAUCAUCAUGGCGAUACCACAUUUCACAUGAAAAUCCUGGUGCCCGCGGUGGCCUCCGGCGCCAUCAUUGGCAAAGGGGGCGAGACGAUUGCCUCCUUGCAGAAGGACACGGGUGCUAGAGUCAAGAUGUCCAAAUCGCACGACUUCUAUCCAGGUACUACUGAGCGAGUCUGCCUCAUCACCGGCUCCGUGGAGGGCAUCAUGACCGUGGUCGACUUCAUAAUGGACAAAAUCCGGGAGAAGCCCGACUUGACCACAAAGAUCAUCGAUGCCGAAUCGAAGCAGGCCCAGGAGCGGGACAAGCAGGUGAAAAUAUUGGUGCCCAACUCGACUGCUGGCAUGAUCAUCGGCAAGGGCGGCGCCUUCAUCAAGCAGAUCAAGGAGGAGAGCGGUUCCUAUGUGCAGAUAUCGCAGAAACCAAAGGAUGUGUCGCUGCAGGAGCGCUGCAUCACCAUCAUCGGCGACAAGGAAAACAACAAGAACGCUUGCAAGAUGAUACUCUCGAAGAUCGUGGAGGAUCCUCAGUCGGGCACAUGUCUGAACGUCUCCUAUGCAGAUGUGAACGGACCCGUUGCCAACUUCAAUCCGACCGGCUCGCCCUAUGCCACCAAUCAGAAUGCCAUCAACUCAAGCACCGCCUCGCUGAACUCCACGCUGGGCACGGCCAUCGGCGGCGCCGGCACUGCGGCCAGCCUCCUGGUCAGCAAUGCGGGCAUCAACUUGUCCCUCAACUUGAGCGCCCCCAAUCCGACGCCCAACCUGGCGUUUGCCACACAGCUGUUGGAUCACAUCAAGCUUGCCAUGCGCGGCGCUGGAUACUCGGAGACCGCCACAACUGAAGUGGGCGCCGCCCUCGGGGUGCUGGCCAAGUACGGCGUGCUGGGCAUGGGCGUGGGCGUGCCGCACACCAAUGGGGCGCAUCCGACGCUGGCCAACUACCUGGGCGUGACGACGCUGGAGCAGCAGACAGCCGCCGCAGCGUCAGCGGCCACGGCCAGCAAUGUCUUCGGCGCUGUUGGGCAGGUGAACUUUGAGUACGCUGCCGCUGCGGCAGCUGCUGCGGCGGCCAAUCGGCCCACGCAGUCGCAACUGGAGGUGCAAUUCGAUUCAUUCCGCCAUCUCGGCUCGGCCACUGCGCCCGCCGCCACGCCCGUUUCGCUAAACAACAACAGCUUUGGACUGACCGGCGCCACCGGCACGGUGACCAGUGCGCAACUGGGCGCCGCCGCCUCGAUAGGCGGCUUGAGUAAGAGCCCCACUCCGGGCGAUCUGGGCGCCAAGGAUACCAAGAACGUUGAGGUGCCUGAAGUGAUUAUUGGCGCUGUCUUAGGUCCGAACGGUCGUAGUUUAGUUGAAAUUCAACAUGCUUCUGGCGCAAAUGUGCAAAUUUCCAAAAAAGGCAUAUUCGCACCUGGCACUAGAAAUCGCAUUGUAACCAUAACUGGUCAGCCGAGUGCCAUUGCCAAAGCGCAGUAUCUAAUUGAACAAAAAAUCAACGAGGAGGAGACAAAGAGGGCGCGUCAAAUUCCAUUAACCACUGUUGUGAAUUAAUAAUCAAGCAAUCAAGCAACCAGCACAACAACAAAAAACAACAACAACAGCUAUCCCCCCAUAUAAAACAUACCUAUAAACAAAACGUAUUUCCUCAAAAGAAAAAAAAAAGAAAAACAUAAAAAUAACUAAAAGAAAUGG